AAACCAUUCAAUCUCUUCAUUCAUUUACAAGGGAAAAAAACACUACAAAAAUCUAAUCAAUCAGAUCUCGCCAUGGCUGCUGAAGAAUUCCAAGAGUCUGAGGUUAUAUUUCCCGACUACACCAGCGACAUUCACGCUACACAUCAUCGAGAACACGAUGACGACGAUGGCGGCGGCCACUUCGAUCACCGAGCAGGAUUCUCCAGAAACGGCAGCGUUUCACUUAGGAAGAACACCGAGACGACGAAGAAGAAGGUAGCUACCGGUUCGCUUCCCGUUAACAUUCCACGUCACCAUUACGGCAGUGUUUUCCACUGCGGCGAAGAUUUCGAGGAAGACGAAGAAGAAGAAGGAGAAAUAGUGCCGCCGCACGUGAUUUUGGGGAGGAGAAUCGCCGGAAAGAUGGCGUUUUCCGUUUGUACGGGCAAUGGAAGGACGCUUAAGGGAAGAGAUUUGAGUCAAGUCCGGAAUUUGAUUCUUAGAAUGACUGGAUUUUUGGAACCAUAACCAAAUCAUUUUCUCCCAUUUUCUCUUUUGAUUCUUAAAUUAUUCAUUGUGGCAGAGGAGAAUUGGAUUAAUUACAGUAACACAAAAUCAACACGUUUCUCUUUGCUCUCUUUUUUUUCCUGGUAAAUUUAAAGUUUUCGUGCAAUGAUUAAAUUCUGCAAAAUUCCGGCAUCGGCACCGCCACUUUAAAGGGGGAAAAAACACAGUUGGAGUUUGCCUUGGAAUGGGACAUGAUCCCAACAGGAACAGCUGAUUAUUUUGAUCGAGAGAGAGAAGAGAGACACGGUAAAGCAGAUAUGAUAACUGCCUGCUCUCGAAGACAGCAAUGGAGUUCAUGAGAUCUAUGUUACUUGUUUUUUUUUAAAAAAAAAUAAAAAAUAAAAAAUUAAACAUCAGUUUCUCUAACGUUGAAUAAUUAUCUUUGUGAACUCAUCACAAAUGUAA